AGCGAGCGACGGUGGCGAGGGUCAGUCUGUCGGGUAACCGGUCGGUCUAGCGUUUCUCGCUUUCCGUUCCUUGUGCCACCGUAGACUUCUUCCUCUUCUUCUUCUUCUUCUUCUUCUUCUUCUUCUUCGUUUUCUUCGUCUUCUUCUUCUUCUUCUUCUACUUCUUCUUCUCCAUUAUAUCCAUAACAUCGUCGCGGAUUUUAUUCGAUUUCCGUCGUUAUUUUCCCAACAAAGUGUCCGUGCUUCGAAGAAGCGACAAAAGGCAACGUGUUGACUGUUCUCUCGCGGGAUAUUCUACCACGAGAGGAGAGGGGGGAGAGAGAGAGAUAGAUAGAUAGAUAGAGAGAGAGAGAGAGAGAGAGAGAGAGAGAGAGAGGGGUGAAGUGGUCUCCGAUCGGUGACGACGCUCUAAAUGUUUUCGAUCGUAGGAUCGACGAGCGUUCAUCGUCCGUAGAGUGCCAAAGAUCGUCUUGUGCAAAAUCGCGAGAGAAAAUUAUUUUACCCAGUUGAAACUUGAAUGCGUUCGUCGAUUUGCAUCGUUCUCGGAGACGCGGCAUGUUCAAAAGCAUCGAAGAGAUCGCAAAGAGAUCGUUUGCAUCGUCCGAGGAGGAUGUCAACGACAUCGGGCGGGGGUGGAUUCGUUGAGGACUCGAAAAAGAAUCAAAGAGAAAAGUGAGAUCUUUCGAUAGGCCAAGAAGGUGGCAAACGUAAGGACAAGUAGGUACCCGUCGAGGUGAUGUUGCUGGAGUCGCGAAGCUUCGACGGUAGGAAGAGAAACGGACUGACACUGACUUCGUUCGUGGGUGGAGACGGUGGUCGGAGCGGAGGAGGAGGUGGAGCAGAAGGAGGAGGAGGAAGAGGAGGAGGAGGAGGAGGAGGAGGUGGAGGAGGAGGUGGCGGCGGCGGCAGCGAGGAGGACGACGAGGAAUCGAGGCAUCAUCGCGUCUUUCUCGGUAGGAAAAUGCAGGGCGAAAGCGCCGCCGCCUCCGCGGUACCUACCGGAAUUUCUGGCAUUUCUGGAUGUACCAGAGACGACACCGACGACAGCUCGAGUACCUCGCCCAAUGGCAGUCUCCUCAACAACAUCAACAAUAACUGCAAUUCCAAUCGACAAUGCGCUACCGACUUCAGCAUCGCGGCCAUCAUGGCCAGAGACUCGAGGCAACAGCAGCAGCAACAGCAGCAGCAGCAGCAGCAACAACAACAACAACAAUCUCAAUCUCAAUCUCAAUCUCAGUCUCAAUCUCAAUCGCAUUCUCAGCAACAGAGUCAGCAGCAGCAGCAACAACAACAACAACAACAUCAUCAUCACCAUCACCAUCAUCAUCAUCAUCAUCGGCACUCUCAGCAGCAGGCCGUCGGCGGCGGCAAACUUCAUCAACACGAAAGGGAACCGAGCGGUUCUGGUGUCGUCCGUGGACCACCGUCGGUCCAGGAAUCGAUCAACGCCGAGGACGAGCAGGAAACGGAUGACGCCGGAAGUACGAGCGGCAAGGGAGCCUCGCCCGUUAAUCCGUUGCUUCAGGAACGAUGGAAUUGCGAGGAGCUCAAGCACGUCGUUUGUCAUCUGGAAACCAAAGAUCUUUGGGAUAAGUUCAACGAGCUAGGCACCGAGAUGAUCAUCACCAAGACCGGAAGGCGGAUGUUCCCGACCUGUCGCGUCUCCUUCAACGGACUAAAGGCGGACAGCCGAUACGCGGUCCUAAUGGAUAUCGUGCCGGUGGAUAACAAGAGGUACCGGUACGCUUAUCACAGAAGCUCGUGGUUGGUAGCAGGGAAGGCCGAUCCACCGGCGCCCGCUCGGCUUUACGUCCACCCCGAUUCACCGUUCACCGGCGAGCAACUUCGCAAGCAGGUCGUCUCCUUCGAGAAAGUCAAGCUCACGAACAACGACAUGGACAGGCAAGGCCACCUGGUGCUGAACUCGAUGCACAAGUACCAGCCGAGGAUCCACCUGGUGAAGAGGCCGGAUUCGGGCACGGCGAAACCCAUCGUUGAUCUCGAGAAGGAGUCGUACAAGACCUUCAUAUUCCCGGAGGCCAUAUUCACCGCUGUCACCGCCUAUCAGAAUCAGCUCAUCACCAAAUUGAAGAUCGACAGUAAUCCCUUCGCCAAAGGCUUCCGGGACUCUUCUCGUUUGACCGACUUUGAGAGCUUCCCUUUCAGGGAAACGAUGGAGUCGAUGCUGGCGGAGCAGCAAUCGUUGAGGUUUCCGCAUCGAUUGCCCUUCGAGAUGGAGCAAUUACAGGCCGGUGCCGUUAGCAAUCUCAGUCUCGAGGAGAAGGCGCUGUGGGCCGCGCGCUCGCAAAUGUUGCUCAGAGCCGCCGCCGCGGUGGCGGUCAGUCCUUACGCUCAACUGGUGAGUCCGUCUCUGGUGUAUCCCGGUGCGACCGGUGCGUCGGCCGCUACCACCGCCGGUACGAGUCACCAUCACCAACAGCAGCAGCAGCAGCAACAGCAGCAGCAGCAGCAACAACAGCAUCACCAGCAGCAACAGCAGCAACAGCAGCAGCAGCAACAGCAGCAGCAACAACAGCAACAGCUCGGCCAUCUAUGGUGGGCGUCUUCGAUAGGGCCGACGCUCUUCGCGGCCGCUCAUCACCACCAGCAGCAGCAGCUGGCGGCCUCGAGCUCGCAGCAGGGUUCGGUCGGUGGUCCAGCCGCACCUAGACCUCUCUAUCCGUCGGCGUUGGCGCUGGCGCAUCAUCGAUUCUCACCUUAUCACGCGGCGAGCACACCGAAAUCGGCGACGCCGGCAGCGCCCUCGCCCUCGCCCUCGCCCUCCCGAAGGGCCACACCCUCGCCGACGGACAGUCUCAGCAGAGAGGCACAGGAUCUUUCGCCCUCGUAGUCGGAACCUCCUCCGAAACACGGACGACUCUCUCGCAUCUUCCGCCGCGUAAGCUCUGCAAGCUCCUCGCAUCCGAACGUUUCUCCGUGGGUCGUGCGCUGUGCCGUUCUACGACUCGUUUCCUUCUUUUUUGUUCUCUUUGUCUCUUUUCCAAACAAGACGCUGACGCAGGUGCAAAGAGAGGAAGAAAGUUUAAAAGUGCGUGUUAAAAUACUUGGACGAGUAAUCGUUCGUGUGCCGCGAGAGACGCUGAAAGGCCGUCAAGUUUGGAAGACGAUGGACGCCCGAUCCGAGGCAACGACGCGUAUGGUAGUAUGGUAAUUGUGGUGGCAAAGGUCCCAUUGGGACCACGCGAGACGUGCGACUCCGAGUCCGCCGGACGAGAGGAGGAGAGAGGAGAGAGAGAGAGAGAGAGAGAGAGAGAGAGAGAAUGAAGUCUUCUCGCGCGACCCAUGACCUAUUCUAAGAAUGCUGGCAACCGUGGAGGAUUUCUUUCUUGAUUCUCGUCGAAUGACUAGUCGUUUUCCGUUUCUCUCACGCGUCGACUUUUUACUUUACGUUCUGUCUACGUAUCAACCUUUUUCAUAUCAUCGAUCUCCUCGGUCACUGCUGAAACGCCUUUAUCUUUUCUAACGACGAAACGCUGAAAGGAACGUGGUCUUCUCUUUUGAAAGAACUUUACUAUCUUUAUCGUUUCGUUUGACGGAUAUAAAUAGCAACUUGUUCGAAACGCACUCGACACAGGAAUGCGUUCGUCCAUCCAUGAAUUUUAUUAAUAAUUUUAUCUUUCCUCGAGUCUCUUGAUAAAAAGAGGUUCGUAUGUGAGACAAAAUGGGUGAAGGGACGAGAGGACGACGAUAUCGUAUUAAUCACGCACGGAACAAUUUAUUACAUUGUAAAUAUGUAUUCCUUAUAAUUUUAAAAUAACGAUAUAAGCCAAAAUAAUGCGUAGGUAUAUUCAUAAAGGAUACGUUGUACGACGGCAUCCGCAUAUAUGCGACACACAUGUAUAUACAAUGUCACACACACACGCGGAGAGAGCCACACAGGGCCACACACGACCACACGAAGCCACACACACGCACACGCGCGUAUAUAUAUAUAUAUAUAUAUAUAGUAUAUAUAAAAAUGUACAUAUGAAUAGCUAUAGGAAAGUAUAGCUGUAUCAUAGGUAUGUUAUAAUACUCUUAGGUCGCAAAUUGUACGUGUACAAAAUUAUACACCUACUACAACGUACGCUAUGAUCUACAUCGCUAUUAUCGCGUAACGUAGGUACGAUUAUUUGCGACCUGUCGGUAUUAUUGCCCUCCAUUCCUGUAAAAUAAGCUGUAUAUUUCAUCUCACGAUUUAUCGUUAUUGUUAUUUAUGUUUCGGUUCCGUAUACUGCGCGUGGAAAAAAUUUAAAAUAUUUCGGAUCUCGUGAUACGCUUAUAAUUGGUUACAAAAAGGAAAGAAAGAAAAUAAAGAAAAGCGCUUCUAUUUAAGAGUACAAAAGAUUGUCGUUCAUUCGUAGACGAUUCGUGUACCGAGCAAGUGGUUCGAGAGGCGUACGCAAGAACGUCGUUUUAAGAAUUUUCCACCGUCGUUCGAACGACUAUUAUCGCCUUUGACGAUUAUUACUAGCGUAGAGCGUUGAUAUCGUUAAUGCUUGUGUUGUGAAAAUGCAUAUCCAUUGCUGUGCAAGCUACAUCCUUGUAAAUAAAUUCCAAUAAAUUCUUGUACCGGGCGCAAGUGGCAAUUGAUUCGCAGUUGAAAACGAAUUCGAAGGUUAAUCUAAAGGGAGUUCGUUUCUUUCGAGCAGUACCUCUUGGUUGAAUCGGAGCCAUUUAACGGUAAGUCGAAUCGUAAGUCGAAUCGUAACGGGUGCAAAGCGCGAGCCAACGUCCGCUGGUAGGUAAACCUUUCGGGUAAGAAGCCAUUAUCUUGCGUACACAGUGAUUUGCCUUACUCUGGCGUGAGUGCAUUCGAGCAAACGUUGGCGGAUCAGUUCGGUUAACCCAUGGCGCGGCAGAGAUAGCGCGCGCGUUUAAAGGAAUCAUCACGCGAUCCUCGAAUCGACCGCGUAAUUGGUAGGUAAAAAGCGGGGGUGAGUAACCGCUCUCUUGCUCUCGAAUCUAAUUACGUCGGACAGCGGUAAGGGGCUCCCGGAGAAUAAUCCAAAGCGACUAUUUUUCCUUGCGAACGAGAACCGAAGAGAGUGGAUCUCUCGUUCGU